CGUAAUUAACGUUCAAUUAACGCCUUGCGGCAUCGGCGUGUCCUUGCGAGAACAAUACUCAGGCCUCGCGCACGCGAGCUCAUGUCCACGGUAUCAAUUCCAAAAUUCGAUAUAAACCCUCGCAACCACCACGAUACAUCCACUCGCCCCUCUUCUAUCUGUCCUUUCAUACUUCUCUAUUUCCAUCUCUUCCAACUAUACUUCCCCUCCGUUGCUCAUCCUUUCUUGUUGCUGUUUUCCGUUUUCUUUGUUCUAUCCGUUGACGCCAUCCAACAACCAAAUCACCGUAAACGCGACGAACAAAAGCCACAAUGUCUAGGAACUACCAAAACGAAACCUACCAGGAUCUCCCGGCAGGCUUCGUGCCGCGGCUCAUCGAUACCUCGAACAUCCGCGGCCCUCCAGCCGAGGUUCGCCCAGAUCACCCCACGCCCACCACUGCAUACGCAUGGGCCACUGGCAUCCGAUUCCACAAGGGAUCGCAUUGCUCGUACCCCAUCGGGGGGCACAUUGAGUUGUUCAAGUCCUUGGUGACUCACGUUUCAGACGAAUCGCUCCGCCCUGGCCAAGUUUCAAGCCACUGGUUUCACGUUCAGACGCGUGGCAGAGGCAUCCCGGGACCAGAGGAGAUCCGACGCAUGGAACACGCGCAGCAACAGGCGCAGUACAUGGACGGGCGGUCGCAGCAGUUGUCCCAAGACCGCCACGGAUCCUACCAACAGCAGUCUCCGACGCUCUCGCGCUCGGGGGCGGUCCCGAUUCCCGCGCAGCCCCAGACGCCCUCCGGACAUGGGCAUGGGUAUGGCAGUCAGCCCGGUCACCCUGCGACACCUCAGCACCAUGCAGGCCAGCAGAUGCAAGAUAGGCAUUCGGGACAUCCUGGCCGUCCGCAGGACAGUCACGGUCAAAACGGUCAAGGCUCUGGAUACCCCUCUCAACACGGUCAUUCCUCUCAGCAUGGUUAUCCUUCUCAGCAGCCACAACACGGCCAUCCUCCGCACGGCGGCCACGGUCAAUCCUCUCAGCCCGGUCAUGCUCACCCCUCUCAGACCGGCCAAGGGUAUCCUUCCCCAUCCGGACAAGGUCGUCCUUCUCAGCACGGUCACGGUCAGAGUCAAAAUCCCGGCCAGCCUCAAAACAGCCACGUCCAAAAUCCCGCACAGGCCGCAGUCUACCCCGGUCAACCUCAGUCAGGCUACCCUGGUCAGCCGCUGCCCGCGAAUUAUCCCGGUCAUGGUCAACCAGGCUACCCGAGCCACGGUCAACCCCAGGAAGGCUACCCCGGCGCCAGCGGCCAACCCUAUCCCGCCGACGGCCACCACAGCCGUCAUCCCACUCAAAGCCACUCGCACCGCGAUGGGCACGGGCACAGCAGUCACACCAGCUCGCACGCGCGCUCGAACCAGCACUGAGCGCGGCCCCUGCCGCUCUGCGCUCGCUCGCGCGGCACUCCCGCCCAUCGAUUUCCUCUCCCAAAAGUCAGCCUACAUAAGUGAUUCUCGUAGCCUCAAAAAGAAAAGUAAGUAUUCGAACGUCGCGCUCGAGCGCUCGCUCGCGCGUUGCGCGUUUCCUCCCGUCAUUCACUCUUGGUUCUUGUAUCUUCUUGGCCCCGGUCCCGGUCUGCUAUCGUAUCUCGUCCCGUCCCUUCCCUACCCUACCCAUUUUAUUCAUCGCCCCAUAAUACACCCAACUCCCUCGUCCGCCCUGCAUCGUGCUUUACCAUACGCUUUGCUCUGUACAGUUGCUCUCCUUCCCGUUCCGCCUCGCUCUCGAUCCGCGCGACUCGGACGAGCGUUUCCUCUACAUACCUGCACGGAUGUGUAGAGCCGACGCUCGCUCUCUUGUCAAGCCGUAGUAUUUGUUAUGGAAUUAUAGACCGUCUUUGUCGACCGUU